CUGGAGCGAUUUCACGUGAGAGCACCUCGAAGGCAGGCAGCAUUCGCGCGCUGUUUCACCUCUGCGUUCACCUCGUUCAGCAGGAGCAGCGGCGGGAGGAUUUUUGGAUUGUGUGUUGUUGCUUUUUAAAUUAUCAUUAUUUUUAUGGCUGGGCUCGUCUCGCGACGGUCUGAGCACGCGCCUCCGGAGACAUGUAGGAUGGUUUACAGCGCUUGUCUCUCGCCGCGCUUCGUCCUUCUCCUGCUCAGUGCGCGGGCACGCUGCUGCGCUGCGCUUCGCCACUAGCUCAAGCGCGCUUCACCGACGCACAGCGCUCUCGCCUGACUUUUGGGGAGGGGGGUGAAGCUCUCGCUCUCUCCAAGAAGAUGUAAGGGAGGGAGACAGCUUUUUCUGUCCUUCCUCGUCCCCCCCGUUCCCUCGGUCCAGCGUUCCGGCGGCAAAAUGCAGAAGGGAAUUCGGCUGAAUGACGGCCAUGUCACCUACCUGGGUCUCCUGGCCAAGAAGGACGGCACGAGGCGGGGCUGCCUGAGCAAGAAGAGCUCGGACAACACGAAAUGGCACACCAAGUGGUUCGCCCUGCUGCAGAACAUGCUCUUCUACUUCGAGAGCGAGUCGAGCUCUCGGCCCUCGGGGCUGUACCUGCUGGAGGGCUGCGUGUGUGACCGAUCGCCGUCUCCCAAACCCUCGCUCUCGGCCAAAGAGUGCUUGGAGAAACAGUACUAUUUCACAGUUAGCUUCAACCAUGAGAAUCAGAAAGCUCUGGAGCUUCGCACUGAAGAUGUGAAGGACUGUGAUGAAUGGGUGGCAGCAAUAACACACGCCAGCUACAGAAACCUGGCCACGGAGCAUGAGACACUCAUGCAGAAGUAUCUCCAUCUACUCCAAAUCGUGGAGACUGAGAAAACAGUUGCUAAGCAACUUCGACAACAGAUAGAGGAUGGGGAGAUCGAGAUUGAGCGUUUAAAAUCCGAGAUUGCUGGACUCCUCAAAGACAAUGAGAAGAUCCAAACCAACCCAACUGCUGCCCCAAGUGAGGACGACUCGGAAAUAAAGAAAAUUAAGAAAGUGCAGAGCUUCUUGCGGGGUUGGAUGUGCCGGAGAAAGUGGAAGACCAUCAUCCAGGACUACAUCCGCUCGCCCCAUGCUGAGAGCAUGAGAAAGAGAAACCAGGUGGUCUUCAGUAUGCUAGAGGCUGAGGCUGAGUAUGUCCAGCAGCUACACAUCCUCGUCAACAACUUCCUCCGGCCGCUCCGCAUGGCUGCCAGCUCCAAGAAGCCACCUAUUACCCACGACGACGUCAGCAGUAUAUUUCUCAACAGUGAAACCAUCAUGUUUUUACACCAGAUUUUCUACCAAGGCUUAAAAGCACGGAUAGCGAGUUGGCCAACAUUAGUAUUGGCUGACCUUUUCGACAUCCUGCUGCCCAUGCUGAACAUCUAUCAGGAGUUUGUUCGCAAUCACCAGUACAGCCUGCAGAUUCUGGCACACUGCAAGCAGAACCGUGAUUUUGACAAGCUGCUCAAACAGUAUGAGGCCAAGCCGGACUGUGAAGAGCGCACUCUUGAGACAUUCCUUACCUAUCCCAUGUUCCAGAUUCCACGUUAUAUAUUGACUCUUCAUGAGUUGCUGGCACAUACGCCUCACGAGCAUGUGGAGAGGAACAGCCUGGAAUACGCCAAAUCCAAGCUGGAAGAGCUCUCCAGAAUUAUGCAUGAUGAGGUGAGUGAGACAGAGAACAUCAGGAAAAACCUUGCCAUCGAGCGCAUGAUUGUGGAAGGCUGUGAGAUUCUCCUGGACACCAGUCAGACUUUCGUCAGACAAGGGUCUCUUAUCCAGGUACCCAUGAGCGAGAAGGGGAAGAUCACCCGCGGCCGCCUGGGCUCCUUAUCUCUGAAGAAGGAGGGAGAGCGACAGUGUUUCCUGUUCUCUAAGCACUUGAUCAUCUGCACCAGAGGCUCUGGGGGGAAGUUGCACCUAACCAAGAAUGGAGUGGUGUCACUUAUCGACUGCACACUGAUCGAGGAUCCAGAGAGCACAGAUGAUGAGUCAAAGUCAGACAAGAGCGGCCAGGACAUGGAGCACCUGGAUUUUAAGAUCGUGGUGGAGCCCAAAGACAGCCAGUCCUUCACCGUCAUCCUGGUGGCCUCUUCACGACAAGAGAAAUCAGCCUGGACCAGUGACAUCAGCCAGUGCAUUGACAACAUUAGGUGCAAUGGGCUUAUGAUGAAUGCCUUUGAGGAAAACUCAAAAGUCACAGUGCCACAGAUGAUCAAAUCCGAUGCCAGUCUAUACUGCGACGAUGUGGACAUCCGGUUUAGUAAGAUGAUGAACUCAUGCAAGGUGCUGCAGAUCCGCUAUGCCAGUGUUGAGCGACUGCUGGAGCGUCUGACUGACCUACGCUUCCUCUCCAUCGACUUCCUCAACACCUUCCUGCACUCCUACCGUGUCUUCACCACUGCCGAUGUUGUUCUGGACAAACUCAUUGCCAUCUACAAGAGGCCCAUCAGUGCCAUUCCAGCCCGUUCUCUGGAGCUGUUCUUUGCCAGUAGUCAAAAUAAUAAGCUGUUGUACGGUGAGCCACCGAAGUCUCCUCGUGCAAGCCGCAAGUUUUCCUCUCCUCCUCCUCUGGCCAUCGCCAAGACAUCUUCACCCAACCGCCGCCGGAAACUGUCCCUCAACAUCCCCAUCAUAACAGGCGGCAAAGCGCUGGACCUGGCCGCCCUCAGCUGCUCCUCUAACGGCUAUGCAAGCAUGUACUCUGCCAUGUCUCCAUUCAGCAAGACCACACUGGAUAUCAACAAACUCUAUGUAUCCAGCCCCAUCAGCAGCAAAAUCCCAGAUGAGGGAGAGAGCAAAUCUGACCGGGCUGAGGAUUCCACACUGGCCAAACAGGAUAUUUCGGUGAGGGAGGAGAGUGACGGUGAGCAGGUCCAGAGCGACGAUGCGGAGGCCGAGGCAUCACCCACCAAAUCGCCCACCACUCCGAAAAAUAUCAAGUGCAAAAACUCCUCAGAAUUCUCCUUGUUCUCCUACAAUAAUGGCAUGGUGAUGUCAUCCUGCCGAGAACUGGACAACAAUCGUAGCGCACUGUCUGCAGCAUCUGCCUUCGCCAUCGCCACGGCAGGUGCCAAUGAGGGAACGCCGACCAAAGAGAAGUACCGCCGCAUGUCUCUGGCCAGCACAGGGUUCCCCACAGACCAGAGGAAUGGAGAUAAGGAGUUUGUGAUUCGCCGGGCAGCAACUAACCGAGUUCUUAAUGUCCUGAGACACUGGGUGUCCAAGCAUUCACAGGACUUCGAGACCAACGUAGAGCUAAAAAUGAAGGUGAUCAGUUUCUUGGAGGAAGUCAUGCAUGACCCCGAGCUGCUGACCCAGGAAAGAAAAGCAGCAGCCAACAUCAUAAGGACACUCACUCAGGAGGACCCUGGUGACAAUCAGAUCACCCUGGAGGAGGUGCUUCAGAUGGCUGAGAGUGGAAAAGCAGAGCCCUUUGAGAAUCACUCAGCUCUGGAGAUCGCAGAGCAGCUCACCCUGCUAGACCACCUGGUCUUCAAAGUGAUCCCAUAUGAGGAGUUCUUUGGCCAAGGCUGGAUGAAGAAUGAUAAGAAUGAGAAAACACCUUACAUCAUGAAAACGACAAAGCACUUCAAUGAUAUAAGCAACCUGAUUGCAUCGGAGAUCCUGAGAUGUGACGAUGUGAACACGCGGGUGGCAGUGAUGGAGAAGUGGGUGGCAGUAGCCGACAUCUGCCGCUGUCUCCAUAACUACAACGCUGUGCUGGAAAUCACUUCCUCCCUCAACCGCAGCUCCAUCUUUCGCCUCAAAAAGACAUGGCUUAAAGUCUCCAAACAGACCAAAACCGUUAUUGACAAGCUGCAAAAGUUGGUCUCAUCUGAGGGACGUUUCAAGAACCUACGAGAAGCUCUGAAAAAUUGUGACCCUCCGUGUGUGCCGUACCUGGGGAUGUACCUCACAGACCUGGCGUUCAUUGAGGAAGGGACACCGAACUACACAGAGGACAACCUUGUUAAUUUCUCUAAGAUGAGGAUGAUCUCCCAUAUUAUCAGAGAAAUAAGACAGUUUCAGCAAACAGCAUACAAGAUUGAUCAUCAGCCAAAGGCAGCCCAGUAUCUGCUGGACAGUAGCAAUGUAUUGGAUGAAGAGAGCAUGUACGAAGCCUCACUCAGAAUUGAGCCCAAAGUGCCCAACUGAAAAGAAGGCUUUUCUACACAAUGUACAGCCUUUCUAUCAUGUAUUCAUACACACUACCAUGUCUUAGGUUAUGUAUUACAUAUUAUUACUUCUGUAUCUGUAACUUUGUUUCUCGUAGUUAACGAAGCGCCUAAACAUUUCCAGAUGUUCACAGAGAAGUUUGAAAAUAUAUUCAUUUGUAUCUCUCCAGUUGUAGAUAUCAUGGUGUUUCUCUUUAUAACAGCGGAUUUCCAGUCAACGACACCAAUACAAAUAUAUAUAUAUAUAAAUAUUUACUCAGAACAAUAGUCAUUUAAAUGUUACUCUGUCCCAGGGUCGCACUGCUGAACUUGAGGUCAUAUGUAAGAUCUGGUUGUCUCUGUAGUCAGAAUGUAAUGUGAUGGAUCUUGCCUUCUGUCUGAAGAGAAACACAGUGCCAGCAGAGAUACUUUGACCAAACAGGAAUUUUAAUAGAUGCAUGGAGCUAAUCUAUAUGCAUACCAUGUAGCAAUGAGAAAUUAAACUAUUGUAUGCAAGUAUUAUUGGUUAUAAUAGGUGUAUUCCAAGGUCAAUGUUGCCAUACUUAACUAAACGGAUGCCAGUAUACACGUUUUAUUGUUUGAGUGUGAAGGUAUGUGAUAUCUACUUUGAAGUGCCAUGUCAAUGUGGGCCAUCUGACUGGCGUCUGACAUGUGGUGCAUUUAACAGCUGAAACGUUUUAAGCAUGAUUAGAUGAUGAAGACUGUAUACAUUUUGCUGGUAAAUCAUCAGUUAAGGUUAUUGGCCCAUCAGUGCAUGCAAAAAAUGUCAUUUCACCACUCAAAAACCUCAGUUUUGCUAAAUAGUUCAUUUUGCAAGAACUAACGAUCUAACUAAAGAUCCUUCAUUUGAGAGUACCUAUUUUCGACAGGGCACCUACUUGUAUGGCAUUAGAUAAGAUUUAUAUUUUUGGAAAACAUUAUAACAAAAAAGAGUAAAUACAGUCUGCUUAGCCCUGUUUGUCACUCACAACCUCACUUCUCUGCAUUUGCAAAACAAGAGAGAUGGGAUUAAAAAAGAAAAGAAAAGAAUAGAAAAGGAAGAGAGCGCACUCUAGGGCCGACGACAUCAGUCCACACCAGAUUAUCCAGCUAUUGUAUAUUAACAGACAAUCUAUGUCCUUCUUGCUGUUCCAGUGAUUGUGGAACGUGACUGUAUAUCACUUUGUAAAAUGCAUUGUCGUUUAACAGUAUGAUCAGAAAAAGUGAAUGAGUCUCUCCGCCUGCAACAUACGAAAAAAAAAGGUAUUUUUGUAGCCCUAGAAUAAAAAAGCAGGAUAUUGCGUCCUUGCACGAAAAAGAAUAAAAAAUUAGAAAAAAAAAGAAUAAACAAAAACAUGGAAACGUAUUUUGUACAAAUGCACCACACAGAGAUGUAUUCUGUAUAUUUUGUACAUGCAGCCCCACAUAUUUCUUAACGUGUACUAGUGUAAAGCACACCUCUUUGAAGCGUUGUAUCCUAAGCUUACACACUCAAUGCUAAGCGAUUUGUGAUUUUGAAACCAUGAUCUAGAGGUAGAGGACUUUAAAGUGUUUUGCAUAUACUGUAAUCCUGUCUAUAACCAUUCUCUUAGCAGGAAUAUAGUAAUGUAGUGCUUAUUCUGUGAAUAUUUGUAUGUAUUUUUACUAUGUACAGUCUAGAAACACUAAAUGCUCAAAUGGCAGGCAUGCAAACACUGUAUCAACCAGAAACUAUCAAACCAGAAAAAAGGACAUAUUAUAUAUAUAUAGGUCUAUAUAUACAUACUGUAUACACAUCUACGUGCACAUACUCUUAUAAAUGAUAUAUAAACAAACAAACGUUUUGCUGUUAGCAAUACCCAGUGGUAUGAGAAUUAUCUUUCAACCCUUAAGUUUAUUUCCACAGCUUGAGAAAUAUUUCCAGUUUUGUAAAAAAAAGAAAAAGGAAAAAAAGGAGAAAAUAAAUUGUAUGUUUCCCGAUUACCUCUUGCUAAUAAAUCUAUUCUAUCUCAGGGGGA